UGUGAAAGAACAGAGGUUGAUGAAGCCAGAGGCACAGCAACCGGUCAAAGAGCAGAAUGGCGGAUCGCAGAGGAAAGGUUCCAGUGCCCUUUCUCCUGCCAACCGCCAUUCUCCGGCCCCAUGUCCAAAUUAACCGACUCCUUUUCAUAUACCUCGCCAUCUUCUCGUCGCCUACUUCAGCACCAUCCAAGGUGGUGGUGGUGGUGGAAGAGAGGCCUCAUUUUCAGAAUGAGACCUGGACGCCCUGGUCCGCCGGACGACCCUUGGCGGGAUUUUGGACCUCCUCCUCCUCCACCGCCAGUUGACCCUUGGGGACCUCCCCCUCCACCACCGCCCGUCGACCCAUGGAGACUUCCGCCACCUCCACCUCCUCCUCUUCCUCCUCCACCGCCACCGCCGCUGUCGUACCCGCCACCCCCACCACCGCUAUGGUACCCACCUCCACCCCCUCCACCGCCUCCACCACCUCCACCACGACCACCGGCUCCCGAUCCUUGCGAUGACUGCUGCGGAUGUUUAACAGGAAUACUCUCCGUCCUUUGCUGCUGCUGGUUGUUCGAGUCGCUCUUCGGUGGACCACUCUAUGCGCCGCUUGCGCCGCUGCCGCCUCCGCCACCACCGCCGCCGCCGCCACCACCGCUCUUCUAGUACCGUCCGCCCUCCACUGAAGGGUCCAAGCAAUUGGUAUGCGCUGGCAAUUGAUCAGAACACGCACACGCUAUUGUGGAGAGUUUUCUGGAGUCCAUGGCAGAUUAUAGCCGAUUGUUGAUGCUUAUGUUUAAGAUACAGAAAGAAUACUGUUGCGCUCAUUUUAAAAUGGGCAGAGUCAUCGUCUGAUUAUGAACUUCGACACUCUAAAUCGAAUAAAGAAACUCUUUAUCUA